AUGACAGCAGCAGCAGAAACAGCAGCGCUGACAGCAGCAGCAGCAACCCUAACAGCAGCAGCAGGAGCGGCAGCACCCAGAAAUCAGCAGCAGCAGCGGCGCAGCGGAGGCCCUAUCAAAAGCAGCAGCAGCCGCGACAGCAGCAGCAGCUGUAACAGCAGCAACAGCAGCAGCAGCAGCAGCAGCGCGGAGGAGCAGCAACUGCAGCAGCGACUGGAGCAACAACUGCAGCAGCAACUGGAGCAGCAAGUGCAGCAGCCGCUGCAGCAACAACUGCAGCAGCAACUGCAGCAGCAACUGCAGCAGCAACUGCAGCAGCAGCUGCAGCAACAACUGCAGCGGCAACUGCAGCAGCAGCUGCAGCAGCAACUGCAGCAGCAACUGCAGCAGCAGCUGCAGCAGCAGCUGCAGCAGCAACUGCAGCAGCAACUGCAGCAGCAGCUGCAGCAGCAGCUGCAGCAGCAACUGCAGCAGCAACUGCAGCAGCAGCUGCAGCAGCAACUGCAGCAGCAACUGCAGCAGCAGCUGCAGCAGAAACUGCAGCAGCUGCUGCAGCAACAACUGCAGCAGCAACUGCAGCAGCUGCUGCAGCAACAACUGCAGCAGCAGGCGCAGCACAGCUGCUGCAGCAGCAACUGCAGCAGCUGCUGCAGCAGCAACUGCAGCAGCAGGCGCAGCACAGCUGCUGCAGCAACAACUGCAGCAGCAGGUGCAGCAGCAGGUGCAGCAGCAGGUGCUGCAGCAGCAGGUGCAGCAGCAGGUGCAGCAGCAGGUGCUGCAGCAGCAGGUGCAGCAGCAGGUGCAGCAGCAGGUGCUGCAGCAGCAGGUGCAGCAGCAGCAGCGGACCUUUGCUGCUGA